GCUUCCUGUCAGUUGAUGUUUUCCCCACUUUCCUGUCAGGCUGUGGAGCGUGAGCAGGUGGACGGCAUCCAGCCGAAGCUGCAGCACGUCAACGCCGUUGGCCAAGGCCUGAUCCAGAGCGCCGCCAAGCACACCGACACGCAGGCGCUGGAGCACGACCUGGAGACCACCAACCUGCGCUGGAACUCGCUCAACAAGCGGGUUGCAGAACGUAUCGCCCAGCUGCAAGAGGCCCUGUUGCAUUGUGGGAAGUUUCAGGAUGCGCUGGAGCCUCUGCUCAGCUGGCUGAGCGACACAGAGGAGCUGGUAGCCAAUCAGAGGCCUCCGUCUGCCGAAUACCGCGUCGUGAAGGCUCAGAUCCAGGAGCAAAAGCUGCUGCAGAGAUUGUUAGACGACCGCAGGCCGACGGUGGAGAUGAUCCGCGCGGAAGGAGCCAGGAUCGCAGCCACGGCGGAUUCCCAGGACCGGGAGAAGAUCCAGGUCCAGCUGCAGCAUCUGUCGGAGCGAUGGUCCGACUUGCUGGACAAGGCCGGCGGCAGGCAGCGGCAGCUGGAGGAGCUGCAGGUUCUGGCUCUGCAGUUCCACGAAGCGCUGGAGCCGCUGGGAGAGUGGCUGAGCGCCACCGAGAGACGCCUGAGCUCCGCCGAGCCCAUGGGAACCCAAACGGCCAAGAUCAGCCAGCAGAUCGUCAAGCACAAGGCGCUCCAGGAGGACGUUUCCUCCAGAGAGGCUGAGGUUGACCACCUCGAGUCCCUCAGCCAGUCUCUGUCCCCGCUCAGCUGCGCGGCCGACCGUGAUUGGCUGCGUGAGCGCGUGGGGGCGGUGCGGUCGGGUCACUCGGAGCUCUCCGAUUGGUGCGCUGGGCGGGCGGCGCUGCUGGAUCAGGCGCUGGCCAACGCGCGGCUGUUUGGUGAGGAGGAGGUGGAGGUGCUGAACUGGCUGGCGGAGGUGGCUCAGAGACUGGGUCAGGUCUCGGUGCAGAGCUACCAGCCCCAGCUGCUGGCCGAGCAGCACAAACACACACUGGCUCUUAAUGAGGAAAUCCUGAGCAGGAAGAAAACUGUGGAUCAGGCCAUCAAAAACGGACAAGCUUUACUCAAGCAGACCACAGGUGAGGAAGUGCUGCUGAUCCAGGAGAAGCUGGACGGGAUCAAGUCCCGUUACGCCGAGAUGACGGCCGGCAGCAGCAAGGCGCUCCGCACGCUGGAGCAGGCCCUGCAGCUGUCCACGCGCUUCGCCGCGGCCCACGACGACCUCAACCAAUGGCUGGACGGCGUGGAGGCGGAGCUUAGCAACGUGGAGCCGGACGCCUCACCUGCCUACCAGGAGAGACAGAAGGAGCUGAAGAAAGUGUCGGCCGAGAAGCGCCUGGUUCUGGACACGGUGAACGAGGUGGGCAACGCCCUGCUGGAUCUGGUGCCGUGGCGCGCCCGCGAAGGCCUGGACCGGCUCGUCGCCGACGCCAACCAGCGGUACCGACACGCCGAUGAAACCAUCACUCAGCGCGUGCAGCUGGUGCAAGCUGCCAUCCAGAGGUCGCAGCAGUAUGAGGAGGCGGUGGACGCGGAGCUGGCCUGGGUCGGGGAGACGGAGCGGAAGUUGGCGUCUCUGGGCCCGCUGAGUCUGGAGCCGGACGUGACGGUGGCUCAGCUGCAGGUGCAGAGGGCCUUCAACAUCGACAUCAUCCGACACAAAGACACCGUCGACCAACUGAUCGCCGUCCGAGACGAAGUGCUGGAAGCCUGCAGCGCCGCGCAGAAGGACGCUCUGAUGGUGAAGACGGAUUCUCUGAGCUCGCGCUACGACACGGUGAGCCAGAGCCACAGCGAGCGGUUCUCGGCUCUGGAGCAGGCUCAGGUUCUGGUGGCUCGGUUCUGGGAGACCUACGAGGAGCUGGAGCCGUGGCUGGGCGAGACCGAAGCCCUCAUCACUCAGCUUCCGCCUCCGGCGAUCGACACAGACGCUCUGCGGCUGCAGCAGGACCAGAUGAGGCUGCUCAGGGAGUCGAUCGCGGAGCACAAACCUCACAUCGACAAGCUGCUGAAGAUCGGGCCGCAGCUGGCCGAGCUCAGCCUCCAGCAGGGGGCGACGGUGACGCAGCGCUACGCCGAGGCAGAGAGGCGCUACCUGGCCAUCAAAGAGGAGGUCAAAGGUCGCGCCGGAGCGCUGGACGAGGCGGUGUCCCAGUCUGCACAGGUACGGACAGAUCCGUCCUUCAGCUGCAGGAUUCCCUCACGCCUCCAUUUACUAAAAAUAAACGUGUUACAUGAGUUAAAGGACGGCGCCACUAAACGGCGUGAAGCUUCUUUUUAAUGUUUUCAGAUGUUU